AGUGCAUUUGUCAUUUUGGCUGAAAGGAAAUAAGCAGAACUCUGCGCUUCCAGAGCAAAGAUGGAGCAACAGGACGCAGUCAGGAGGGAAGGGAGGCUGACACCAGUGCUUGCUUUGGCGACGCUGAUAGCUGCCUUUGGGUCAUCCUUCCAGUAUGGGUACAACGUGGCUGCUAUUAACUCCCCUGCCAAGCUCAUGAAAGCAUUUUAUAACGAGACCUACUAUGACAGAAUCAGUGAAUACAUAAGCGAAUUUUCCUUGACCUUGCUGUGGUCGGUUUCUGUGUCCAUGUUUCCCUUCGGAGGCUUCCUCGGCUCCCUCAUGGUCGGCCCCUUGGUGAAUAAAUUAGGCAGAAAAGGAACCUUGCUGUUCAACAACAUCUUUUCCAUCGUGCCUGCGAUCUUAAUGGGAUGCAGUGAAGUUGCCAGGUCAUUUGAGAUGAUAAUUGUGGCCAGACUUUUGGUGGGAAUAUGUGCAGGUCUGUCUUCCAAUGUCGUCCCUAUGUACUUAGGGGAGCUGGCCCCUAAGAACCUGCGGGGGGCCCUGGGGGUGGUGCCCCAGCUCUUCAUCACCGUCGGCAUCCUUGCGGCCCAGAUCUUGGGUCUUCGGAGUCUCCUCGCAAACGAAAAAGGCUGGCCCAUCCUCCUUGGGGUGACCGGGAUCCCCGCGGCACUGCAGCUCCUUCUGUUGCCCUUUUUCCCCGAGAGCCCCAGGUACCUGCUCAUUCAGAAGAAAGAUGAAGCGGCUGCCAAAAACGCGCUGAGGGAACUGCGCGGCUGGGACGACGUGGACGCCGAGACACAGGAGAUCUGGGAGGAGGACAGGGCCGAGAAGGCCGCCGGCUUCAUCUCCGUGCUGAAGCUGCUCAGUAUGAGGUCCCUGCGGUGGCAGGUCAUCUCCAUCGUCGUCCUCAUGGGCGGCCAGCAGCUGUCGGGAGUGAACGCGAUCUACUACUAUGCAGACCAGAUCUACCUGAGCGCUGGGGUGAGGGCACAGGAUGUCCAGUACGUGACGGCAGGCACAGGCGCUGUCAACGUGCUGAUGACCGUCUGCGCCGUUUCCGUGGUGGAUCUCCUGGGGAGGAGAGCCCUGCUCCUCCUGGGCUUCUCCACCUGCGGCACCGCCUGCUGCGCGCUGACGGCCGCCCUGGCUCUGCAGGACACAAUAUCCUGGAUGCCCUACGUCAGCAUCGCCUGCGUCAUCUCCUAUGUCAUAGGACAUGCCCUUGGGCCCAGUCCUAUCCCCUCACUGCUCGUCACCGAGAUCUUCCUGCAGUCCUCCCGGCCGGCCGCCUACAUGGUGGGGGGCAGUGUCCACUGGCUCUCCAACUUCACUGUGGGCCUGAUUUUCCCAUUCAUUCAAGUGGGCCUCGGAGCUUACAGCUUUAUCAUUUUUGCCGUGAUAUGUGUUCUCACCACCAUCUACACCUUCCUGGUUGUCCCCGAGACCAAGUCCAAGACCUUCAUAGAAAUCAAUCAGAUCUUCACCAAGAUGAACAAAGUGUCAGAGGUGCACCCAGAAAAGGAGGAGCUAAAGGACUUCCCACCCUCUACUGCGGGGCAGUAACUCGAGAGGAGGAGCCUGUUAAUCAGGUCUGCGUGGAGCUUCCCUCCUGGGCUAUGAAUCCAGAACUAGGAUAAGUCCGGUGUGGAAAGCAGGCCCUGAUGGGACUGUCGUAAGGGCUUCUGUGCAGUUCUUAAAGCCAGGCUGUCUCUUUCCAGGUUGACCCAUCACCAACCCCAAGGCAUGCCGGGCAGCUGUCCCUCAACCAUGCUGAGUCAGCCAUCGUGUGGCUCCUGGCAACACCGGCUCUUAUAAUGAAAGCCAUUACCGUGGUGUUGAGACGGAAGGAAUCAAACGUGGCCAAAGAAACCCGUAGUCUUCCGGGGGCCACGGGCCCACGUUCAGGGUGGAAUCCAUCCUUUUGUCAGAUCCAUCUCCAGAAACACUAGUUUUGAAAAGUAUGAUGUCACGAGUAAUGAUGUCUAGGAAUCUGGGAAGCAGGUCCCUAUGGAGACUUUAACCAAGUCAGAGAUUAUUGUUCCCAAAUUAUAUUAUUAGAGGACAAUAGAAUUGCCUCUGUAUAUUCAAUAAAACAAAUAUGAUCGCUUUUC